AUGGACUAUAAUGAUCCAUCACGACGACAGUACGCGCAGAAUCCAUACACGGCACAGCAACAGUCGCAUGGUAGCGGACAGACCAGCAGCCAGUACACCGCUCCCGGAACCGUCGAGCGAUUCCGCCAGUCCUCGUACCUCCAGCAAUCUCCCAAUACGGUUCCUUCGACGGGAAGAGCAAGCGGCGAUGCGCAAGUCUAUGGCUUCGCGCAGAGCUCACAAUACGGCGCCGGAGGGUCUGCUCCGGCAGGGUCGAUGCAGUAUCCGUCCGAUCUGCCGAGUCCGGACGUGGCGCGCCAGUCGGACUCGCAGCAGUACGGACAGUACGGGUCCAACGUUAUGUAUGGCAUCACUCAGCCCGGCCAGCAGGCUGCGCAGUCGCCCUACGACCCAGUCUCACGCUACACCCAACCACGGCCUGGUACGGCGUCCGAGACACUGGCGUCCCAAUUCGGCGGUGCGCAGACCGCGCAGUAUUACCUUGCAGGACAGUCAGUUCCCACCAGUGCGACGGUGCCCGACCUGGCGGCACCGCAUCUGCCUUCGCAAUAUCAGAGCGCGGCGUACGCGCAGGCCGGACCUUCUUCGUCGUAUGCCAGUGCGAUGAUCGAUCCCACGCAACCGAGCGCGUACUCCGCGUACGCGACGCAAUACACGCCUCAGUCGAACCAGUCGAUCGACCAGGCGUUCAACAACUAUCAGGCGCAGAUCCGCACGAUCUUCACGCAGGUCCGGGAGGGCUCGCUGCGCGACGUCGGCAAUCUUCUGAUCGAAUGCGCGCACUAUCUCCUGGGCAAUGCGGAAGCUUUGGGUGAGUGUACGGUGUGCGCAUGGGCUGCUGUCUUCGUACUAGAGCUGAUUUGUAGGUCCAGGGCUGACGAGAGACGACGAUAACCUGCACGACGAGCGGAUCCGACUGUGGGACGAGUUCAACCGAGCGUGGCUCUCGACACUACAGGCGCAGUUCGACCUCACACAGGAGUGGAUCGGGAAUCACCAGCCCGUGCGAGAGCCACGCUCCAUCAUGAGCCAGCAGAUUCUGCAGACACUCUCACGCGAGCUGGUGAGACUUUGCGACAGCGUGGAGAAACACGGGCUGGUGGACUAUCAGAUGGGUGUAGCGGAAGAGGAGAUUAUGGAUCGUGAGUGUUGGCCUUGUCUCGACGCGUCGCGAGAACGCUGUGCUAAUCCCACUCUUCCAGUGUUACUUCAGUGCCUUGCUCAGCUGGACCCAGAGAGCACGACUCCUGCAGAAGCCGGUGCCGAAACCUCCUCGUCCGCUGUCGCGAGAAGCCGGUGA